AAUUUCUCAUUAUUCAUCCAAUAAUUUCGAAAGGCGAGAUCGAACACUCUGGGUUCCUGCUCAGACUCUCUCUCCCACACUUUCCUCCUCUCCUCAUGGCUGCCCCCAGAUUGAUCUGCUUUUCCAGCCACUUCAAGGCUUCCUCUCUUACUCAGCCCUUGUUUGAUCUCCGGCUUCAAACUGGAGUUUUCAAGCCAAGAAGAAGGUUAUAUGUUUGUGCAUCGUUGCUAUCGGACUCCGGGGAGUACUACUCGCAGCGGCCUCCGACCCCACUGCUGGACACUGUCAACUAUCCGAUCCAUAUGAAGAAUCUCUCUGCCAAGGAGCUCAAACAGCUCGCAGAUGAGCUCCGUUCCGAUGUCAUCUUCCAUGUCUCGAGGACGGGAGGUCAUCUUGGUUCGAGCCUUGGAGUCGUUGAGCUCACAGUUGCUCUGCAUUUUGUGUUCAAUGCUCCCCAAGACAAGAUACUUUGGGAUGUGGGGCACCAGUCAUACCCACACAAGAUACUGACAGGAAGGCGCGACAAGAUGCCUACAUUGAGGCAAACAAAUGGGCUAUCUGGGUUCACGAAGCGCUCUGAAAGCGAUUAUGAUAGCUUCGGAACCGGUCAUAGUUCCACCACUAUAUCAGCUGCGCUUGGGAUGGCUGUUGGGAGGGAUCUGAAGGGCAAGAAGAAUCAUGUCGUAGCAGUGAUUGGAGAUGGGGCCAUGACCGCAGGACAAGCAUAUGAAGCUUUGAACAAUGCCGGUUAUCUUGACUCUAACAUGAUUGUCAUUCUCAAUGACAAUAAGCAGGUCUCUUUGCCCACAGCCAGUCUCGACGGGCCUAUUCCACCUGUUGGAGCUUUAAGCAGCGCCCUCAGUCGAUUGCAAUCUAGCAGACCACUACGAGAACUGAGGGAGGUUGCCAAGGGAGUUUCAAAGCAAAUUGGUGGAUCAAUGCAUGAACUUGCAGCAAAAGUCGAUGAAUACGCACGAGGAAUGAUCAGUGGUUCGGGGUCAACUUUGUUUGAAGAACUUGGUCUAUACUACAUUGGCCCGGUUGACGGCCACAAUGUGGAUGAUCUUGUUACCAUACUUGAGGAGGUUAAGGAGACCAAGACUACAGGUCCAGUUCUUAUACAUGUCGUAACAGAAAAGGGACGAGGGUAUCCCUACGCAGAGAGAGCUGCCGAUAAGUAUCACGGUGUUGGCAAAUUUGAUCCGGCGACCGGGCAACAAUUCAAGUCAAGCUCUCAGACUCAGUCUUUUACCAAUUAUUUCGCCGACGCAUUGAUAGCCGAGGCAGAGGCGGACAGAAACAUAGUUGCAAUUCAUGCAGCAAUGGGAGGUGGAACCGGGCUAAACUAUUUCCUUCGUCGCUUUCCAACUAGAUGCUUUGAUGUUGGUAUAGCGGAGCAACACGCAGUUACAUUUGCAGCUGGUCUAGCCUGUGAAGGUCUUAAGCCAUUCUGCGCGAUCUACUCGUCGUUCUUACAACGAGCCUACGACCAGGUGGUUCAUGAUGUGGAUUUGCAGAAACUCCCAGUAAGAUUUGCAAUGGACCGAGCAGGCCUCGUGGGAGCGGAUGGACCGACUCACUGCGGUGCCUUUGAUGUCACCUACAUGGCAUGUCUUCCCAAUAUGAUUGUCAUGGCUCCUUCCGAUGAGGCAGAACUGUUUCACAUGGUUGCCACUGCAGCAGCCAUUGACGACCGGCCAUCCUGCUUGCGAUACCCUAGAGGAAACGGAAUCGGUGUUCCUCUACCUGCAGGAAACAAAGGUGUCCCGCUUGAGAUCGGAAAAGGCAGAAUUAUGAUCGAGGGCGAGAGGGUGGCACUUCUGGGAUAUGGAGCAGCAGUUCAAAGCUGCCUAGCCGCAGCUUCAAUCAUAGAACAACAUGGCCUAAGGGUUACGGUGGCCGACGCACGAUUCUGCAAGCCGCUUGAUCACGCUUUGAUUCAAAAUCUGGCCAAGCAUCAUGAAGUGCUGAUCACAGUUGAAGAAGGAUCGAUCGGAGGGUUUGGUUCUCAUGUGGCCCAGUUCAUGGCACUCAAUGGCCUUCUUGAUAGCACAAUCAAGUGGAGGCCGCUGGUUCUUCCCGACCGAUAUAUCGACCAUGGAGCACCGAUGGAUCAGCUAGCAGAGGCUGGCUUGACACCUUCUCAUAUCGCCGCAACAGUGUUCAAUAUACUUGGGCAAACAAGGGAGGCACUUGAGAUCAUGUCAUGAGGGAUAGAUGGAUAGCAAAUGUUUCAUUUGUUCUUUUAUCCUCUCUUUGGAUAACUGAGUAAUUUUUUUAGAAUA